UCAAAUCCCCGCUAUUUCCUUCAUACAAAUCCCUAUCCCUCUCGCGCCAAAUUUCUGCAUGGCCGCCGCCUCCGGCCUGUAUGCAACUCCCCGUAUCUACUUCCAUCUGGCAAGCAAUUUGCUCUGUCCAAUCUGCGAUGAAUCUUCUCAACAGAGAAGAAAUCUUAAAUGGAGGACGAAGAGGAGGAAGGCGGUGCAGCUUUCCAUUGCCGGCGGUGAGUAUUUGGUCGAGGAGUUUGGGUGGGGAGUGAGGAGGAUGAGUGAGUCGGUGGAUGAAAUGAGGAAGGUGGCCGAUGUGCAAGCUGAGGCAUUCCAUGUGCCUGUUUUGUUCUUUAAUGAUUUCUUCUUCGAGUUCUUCAGGGCUGAAGUGCUUUCUGCCCUUAUCUACAAAAUCAGAAAUUCACCAUCAGACAGGUAUGCAUGCUUAGUUGCAGAGUACAUCUGUGUACCUGAUUCACUACCUCAAGUUGUGGAGAGGCUUGCUGGAGCCGUAGAUUGCACUGUUCAGAGGGAUGAAGAUGUUCUUAAGCAUCUCCAAGGUGCAGAAGAGUACCUCUAUGUGUCUGGCAUCGCAGUGCGCUCAAAGUUUCGGAGGCAGAAGGUAGGAACUGUGCUGCUCAAAGCCUGUGAUGCUUUGUCACAGCUAUGGGGUCAUGACUAUAUUGCUCUGAGAGUCUAUGAAGAUGAUUUGGUAGCCCAGAAAUUGUAUUCUAAGGUUGGUUUUAAGACUGUUUCUAAAGAUCCACAUUGGAUUACUUGGAUUGGAAGAAAAAAACGAGUUCUAAUGAUCAAAUACUCUGCUUGAUCAUACAAUUUUUAUUUAGAAAAAUCAUGUCUUGCAGCUUAUGUUAUAUAUU